AUGUCUACUCAUCUUCGAGCGAACCCCUGGCGCGUCUACCAGUGCCUUGCCCGGCAACGCCUCGGACAAUGCAAUAGCACCGCCAGAUCCUUCUCCACGACGCACUCCCUCCGCAAUGCCAGCACCAACCCACUCCGUUCAGCGGGACGCGCAAAGAGCGAGCAGGACUUUGCAAAGUCCAAGCGCUCAAUUGCUCUCUCCGCCGCUGGAAUGGUCGCCUGUGGCGCUGCCAUGUACGGCGUCAUCAAGCUGGAUGUAUUCGGAAUGAAUGCGCUAGAGACCAGCAAGGACAAGGGAACCGAGAACAAGUUCGAGGUUUCGCAAACAUCAAACGGAUCGAUGAAGAUGGAUGGACCCCCCGGAUUCCCCAGUACGGGCGGACCCUCGGUAAUCACACUACACGGCCAAGAUAACGUGGAGCAAGUCGCGACGGGAACCAGCACGAUUCCCUACUUCCCGACGACAAUCCGAUUGCCCGCUGCUUCUGAAAUCGACAAUAAGCAAUCAGGCGAUGAACUGUCUACCUCCGGCGGCGACGAGUACCAGCUUCUGGGUCUGGGCAUCCGAACCGUCUCCUUCCUCUCGAUCCAAGUCUACGUCGUGGGUCUAUACGUCGCCAAGUCCGACAUCACGGAGCUCCAACGCCGCCUCAUCCACACCGCAGUGCACCCACCCACCGACGACACAACCGCCAUCUCAGGCGUUGGCGUCGACGCCGCAACAUCCCUCGUCCCGCCUGAGCGUCAACAACUCAAGGAGCUCCUGCUCGACGCGGACCGCGGCGACGCAGCCUGGACAGCGCUGAUCAAGGAGGACGGUAUCCGAACUGCCUUCCGUAUCGUGCCCACCCGCAACACGGAUUUCAUGCACCUGCGCGACGGCUGGGUGCGUGGUAUCACGGCGCGGGCGCAGCAGAAGAAGGCUCUGCCCGGCACGGCGGCGGGCGAGUUCCAGGAUGCCGAGUUUGGAACGGCGAUGAAUGAUUUCAAGGCUGUUUUCGGUGGUGGGCAGCGGAAGAAUGUGCCCAAGGGUCAGACUUUGGUGUUGCUGCGUGGUGCGCAGGGCGCGAUGGAUGCGCUGUUCCAGCCGGAGCCUACUAAGCCCAUGCGCUGGAUGGGACGGGUGGCUGAUGAACGGGUUAGUCGGCUUGUGUGGUUGAAUUAUCUGGCUGGCAAGACUGUUUCGAGUGAAGGGGCGAGACAGAGUAUUGUGGAUGGAUUGAUGGCGGUUGUGGAGAGGCCGGUGGGUACUGUUGUGCAGCGGGUUGUAUGA